AUGGCACUCGCCGUAUUGGCACAAUUCGACGAUGGGGUGGACGAAGUGCCAGAACGAGUCUUAGACCGUGCCUUGGCUACGAUUCAAUCCAGUGACAUCGGUCUGGACAGUCUCAAGGACGAAGUCGCGGGUUGCCUUUUGGGAGAUCUUUCCUCGUACGUAAUGGAAGAGGUCUUCAAGGACGAAACGGCAGGACAACCCAAAGACCAACAGCAGCUCUUCCAACUUGUGAAUAUGUGGUACGAGCAUUCGACCAUUGAUCAAGUAUCGGCUCGUGAGCUUGUCCUUGACCACUUUUGCCUCGAACGAAUGGAUCCAGUAUUCUUGUCAUCUUCGCUGGUCAUGACUUCCGAUUUGGUGGACCAAGACAUGUUGCUCGAGGCAUUCCGAAGUCAAGCUGUCGCUGCUCAAAAGCAGUACGGGAUGAUUCCUCCCGUCGCUCGGCUUGCCUUUUGGAAACGUUCCUUGUCCACUUUCACCCAAGCAAAGGAGGGACAUUGUAUGGACGUGUUGGAGUAUCCCGCCGACAAGACUCAAAAGCGCAUGAAACUGCGUUGGACGAUUCAAGUUCUCGAUGAUGGUGCCAAUAGUCUUUGCGUCGGUGUUGCCUUUUGGUGUCAAAAGACUCGUCGUCCGGCAGUGUUUGGAGGAAAACACAGAGUUUUUGCGUUUCGAAGCGACGGCAUGGUCAUGGCCUGCGAACGACUGCAACACAAGUCCCGAAUUUCGUUUCCUUCGGGCUCCACGGUCACCAUGACGCUGCAUCUUCCCGACGAAGUGGCGGGGGUUGCCUUGCUGAAGGCUAGUGUCUAUGGCACAUGUGCGAGUAUGAAAAUCCUGUUUUUGGCGGAAGAACCCAACAUGGAACUUUUGCCUUUCGUAGCCAUGGACGCUCCAGGGCAUGUUCAGUUGGUGCGUAUUGAACGGUUCUAG